CCGCAAUAAAGCUAUAUAAGGGUGAACGCGUAGAAAAGGGCAAUCAUGAAUUAAAGGUUGUUCGAUGAGGAGGUCGAUUCAUGUCUUGUGGUAAACAAGUGUAGAAAGUGUCGUGCUAACUAUAAUUUUCAUUAGUUCAAAUCGGCUGGCAGUGAGAAAAGUGUGAAUAUUCGUGACGAAGUGUUUCGCUUGUUGCACAGUUGCCAAGGCGACUACGGUACGUGCGUGUGCGUGUCCAAAAGUGUGCUAUGAAAAGAGAAUGAUCAUUGGGGCAACGAUUCUACGGCUAUAUUCGUAUUAACGAUAAUUUCAUGUUUCAAAAUCGAACGGCCUGAAGACGGGAAUAUUAUGGAAUACUCAGUUUUGGGCCACUACAACCCGUCCAUACAGGCCACGGCCGAUAGCGAUGUUAACGAACAAGUCCUUUGGGAAGAACAAAAUUAUGCUUUAACUGGUGAUGAGUAUGUACCUGCAACAGAGCAAUUUGGAGAGGAAUUUUCCACGGCUGAAUUUCAUGAAACUCGUACUGUACUUGCUGAUGGGGGGGAUAGAUUUGGAGUUUCCACUGUUACCUUUGACAAUGUCGAAGAGCUCACUUGGAUGGGAAAUCAAGGGGGUCAUGUGACGUCUUAUUAUGGACCUGGUUUACAAAAGUACACCUCGUUUCAAGUUCAUGCUACUCAAGAAAUUCGGCAUAUUCAUCCGGUAGAUGAAGGAAUUUUAAUCCUGACACAGAGUUUAUUACGAUGUCAGUUGAGACGUGGCAUACCGAUAUUUUCACACGUGUCGCCAAAUAUGAUAGACAUGCAAUGCAUGCUUCAAAUUUCACCAACAGGGUUACUUAUGGGAGGUCAUCAGGAAAAAAUAAUCAGUUUUGAUCUAACAAGAGGGAAAGAGACUGGAUUAGUACAUGUAGGGGAAAAUGGUUGUGCAAUUUUAAGGCAGCAUAGCAGGCUUAUAUGCUGUGGCAACCCUGCUGGAAGAAUCGAUUUCAGAGAUCCAAAUACAUUAUCAAUAGAACAUACUUUUGAUACUCACAGUGGUUCUCUCAGUGACUUUGAUGUUCAAGGAAAUUACCUUGUUACUUGUGGUUUCAGUAACUGUCGUCAGGGUUUGGCAGUAGAUCGAUUCUUAAUGGCAUAUGACUUGAGACAAAUGAGAGCAUUAAGCCCAGUUGCAACUUUGGUGUGCCCUCUUCUAUUGAAGUUCCUACCCAGAUAUUCCAGUCGUUUAGCUGUUGUAGCACCAUCGGGACAAAUGCAACUUCUUGAUACUAUCUAUGCUAAUGCACAGCCAUCUGUGACAUGCUUGUAUCAGGUUGCAAAUAGUGGAGCAAUAUUAUCGUUUGAUGUAUCUUCUACAUCCCAGUGUCUAUGCUUUGGAGAUUCGGCAGGUUCUAUACAUCUUAUGUCCACAAAUAUAUCUGAGUCCACAAAUAUAUCCCAGUUUAAUACAUUUUCUCGACCAACUGAAUUUGCUGAUCCAGUUGAGCCACUUCCACAUAUAUCAUUCGAUGAUGAUGUUACACCACUAAGUACAAUACCAAUGUAUUAUAAUGGGCAGCCAUUGUUAAGUGAUUGGCCAGAGGAAUUUUUGAGAAAUGUUUAUAGAAGGACACCACCGAUUGAUCCUGAAAUAUUGCGUACAAUGAAGAUGCAAGGAACUAUAGGUUAUGCCCCAAAUCCCCAGGCAUUUCGCAGAAAUCAAAUACCUUACAAUUUGGAAAAACGUCGGGGAGUAGUCGCAAAGCUUUUCGCUGGCGAUUCACGAUCAAAAACAGAUGACGGCACCUUUGUAGCUAUACCUAAACGUUAUCGCAAAAUCGAGUUGAAAUAUUCACGUCUCGGUUACGAUGAAUUCGAUUUUGAUCAGUAUAAUCACACCAACUUCUGCGGUCUCGAAGCAACUCUUCCUAACAGCUAUUGUAACGCUAUGUUGCAGUUACUUUAUUAUUGCGAACCUAUAAGAAUAGCGCUGCUCUCUCACUCGUGCCAAAGAGAAUUCUGCCUAUCCUGCGAACUAGGAUUCUUGUUUCACAUGUUAGACACAUCCCGAGGACUGCCUUGUCAGGCAGCCAAUUUUCUACGAGCUUUCAGAACGGUUCCCGAAGCAGCAGCUUUGGGACUUAUACUCAGCGAUCUCCACCCGGAAGCCAAAAGGAAAACGAAUUUGAUGCGAUUGAUACAGAGUUGGAACAGGUUUAUAUUACAUCAGAUCCAUUACGAAGUUCUGGAAACAAAGAAACGGCAACUGGAGGAAGAGGAAGCUGCUCGGCUUAAAUCAGGACCAAAAUGUCCUCCGUUCGUUUAUAACGAACAGGAUUUCCCUAGCAUUUUGCAGGACAUUGGCUCCCGAUAUAGAAGCCACGCAGAAGAAAGGAAGAAAAGGAAAAAACAGGAGGAGGAUGGUAAAUAUAUGUGGAUCACAUCGAAAGAUAAAAACAGCAAAAAAUCUAUCGAGGAGAAUGAAGUACGAGAUGAAGAGACAGAGAUCAGUCGUCUGUUUGGAUCUGAACAAAUGCAUAUACACCGCUGUCUCAAAUGUGGACAAGAAGCUACAAAACAUUCCAUCAUGUUGCUAUGCAACUUAGUUUAUCCGGAAUUAACGCAUCCUUCCGAAGAAGUUCCAUUUACGAGUGUUCUUACCCGUAGUUUAAGACCCGAGAAAAUUACACCUGCAUGGUGUGACAAUUGUCAGAAGUUUACACCCACACUCCAGUCUCGACAACUGACUAAACUACCUCAAAUAUUAGCUCUGAAUUGUGGUUUAGAUACACAGCAGGAUAAAGCAUUCUGGCAAGCGCAAAUGGAUAUAGUCGUGCAAAAAGUAUUAAAUGGCAAAGAAAGUAGCCCAUCUUCGAGUCCUGUCCCCAUUACUGCGAAACCAUGUCGAUAUGGCAACAAUUGUACUCGCAUUGGCUGUAGGUUUAGACACAUUGGUAGAGAUCCAGAAAAUAUACAAACGCCACCAGUUACUCCACCCAUAACAACUUCGACACCGCAAUCGGUCACAACACCGCCUAGUCACUUAUACUAUUCUCAUUCGUGGAUUCCACACGAUAUAGAGAUCUCCUUGGAUAGCAAUUGUGAAUUAUUCGUAGAAAAGAUCAGCACUCCAAAGAGCGACUCUAACGAAAGUAGUAAAACGGUCAAUGAGGUCAUAGUAGAAAAUGGUCAAGGGGAUAAUAAGAUACAAGAAUCUGAGAUCUCCGGAGAAGAAGAGAAAGUGGUUAAAAAUCAUGUUAACACAGUACGACAUGACGAUGUGGAGAAAGGAAACAAAACUGAUGAAAAUUUGGAUAAGAUAAGCAAAGUUCGGUAUAGUCUUAGUGCUGUGGUUUGCUACAUUGAUGAUAAGAGUAACGAAGAUAAGAGGAAUAUCGUUGCGCUAUUACGAGUCGGACCAAAUUAUCAUGAACGAUCGGCUGGCAGUGCGGUGUCGCAGUGGUACAUCUUUAACGAUUUUUGUAUAUCCGCAGUGACACCGCAAGAAGCGGUAUGGUUCAAUCUUGAUUGGAAGGUUCCAUGUGUCCUUCAUUAUACUGCUGUACCUGCACCUGAACCAGCACCAUUUGUAAGUCCACUUACCUAUGAUGUAUUUGGUGAAGAUAAAUGUAUCGCUCGCAGCGGAGGGACAAGGGGUAUCACGUUUACCCCAUUGACGUCCGACGAAAUGCCUAAAACAGGUGAACUAGUUGGAAUUGACGCUGAAUUUGUAACGUUGAAUCAGGAAGAAUCUGAACUCCGUAGCGAUGGAAAAAUGUCCACUAUAAAACCAAGUCACAUGUCUGUUGCUCGUAUAACUUGUAUACGUGGCCAAGGUCCUCUGGAAGGAACUCCCUUUAUAGACGAUUACAUAAGCACUCAAGAACAAGUAGUAGAUUACCUGACAAAAUUCAGUGGGAUUCAACCAGGUGAUUUGGAUGCAAACUUUAGUAGCAAGCACUUAACAACUCUAAAAUCAACGUACCAAAAACUACGAUUUCUCGUUGAUAAUGGAAUUAUGUUCGUUGGUCAUGGCCUGAAGAAUGAUUUUAGAGUGAUAAAUUUAGUCGUUCCACCGGAGCAGGUCGUAGACACAGUAUUGCUGUUUCAUUUACCUCGUCAUCGUAUGGUAUCGUUGCGUUUCCUUACGUGGCACUUUUUGGGUAAGAAGAUUCAGUCGGAAACGCACGACUCUACUGAAGAUGCCAGGGCUGCUCUAGAGUUGUAUCGUAAAUACAAAGAGUUAGAGAAUUCUGGAAAGCUGGCGGAAUCGUUAAAGGAGCUUUACAACGUUGGCAACCAACUACAAUGGAAGGUAAGGAUGAUCGAUUACUUAAAAUACCCAUAGCCAAAUAUAUAUAAAUAUUUUUAAUUAAUGCUUAUUAAUUAAUUUGUCUGUCCUCAGGUUCCGGACAGCUGAUACGAGGAUGAUCCCCAGGAAGAAGUGUAUGAUUUAGUUACAUGCAAAGACAAUGAAGUUUAGACGAUAAUUUUGAAGUAUAGUCAUAAACAAACCGAGGAUUGAAUUCUGAAGUAUAGUCAUAAACAAAUCGAGGAUUGAAUUUUGAAGUAUAGUCAUAAACAAAUCGGCGAUUGAAUUUUGAAAAAACAUUAUUUAUUAUUUCGGUCCAUGCGUUUAUUCUGUUCGAGAACAAGUCCAAUCAUUCGUACAUAGAAACUAGGGAAAUUUCAAAAUUAUAUGUCUUGAUGAUGUCGCGGGUGUUAAUGAUUACGGGUACAACUACAUAGUUUAUCGUAUUUAGUAUUUUCUUAUCUCACGACAUCGGUUCGUAUAAACAGAACUCAAUUAUCGACCGUGAAUUAUAAAUCUUUUAGUUAGCCUCCGUCUGAUCGAGAUUAUUGUAAAUUAUCAAGCGAGACGUUAGAGAAAACAAAAUUUCGUGUUGAUUGUAAUUUUUCGGCAAGGAUCGAAACAAAAUAUCUGGUGCGCAUUUGGUGGUAAUUGUAUAUACAUAAUGUUGUACAUACGUAUUGUUCGAUAGAACAUUAGUUUUUGAAGAAGAGUAUCGACCUCACACUGCCGAAGAUAAUGAAUAUAUUUAUUUUGUUUUCUCGAUGUAUCUUAAAUGGAAGAUAACACAUACACGUCAACCAUUCUGUUUGGUAAAUUGUUUUCUCUUCAACGACACACUACUUUGAUCACUGAAUUUGAGAAAUUUAAAAAAUUUAUCAAAGUUCGAAAAUCAUUUCGAUCUUCCGAUAUUAAAGUUUCGAAGACUGAACGUUUAAACGAGAUAAGUUAAAUUGGUAUACAUAAAUAUUUUAUCAAAUUAUCGACGAAUUUUGAUAUAAAUAAUGAAGAAAUAGGAUGUAUGUAUACAUCAUGCGUCGUUGAAGGGCUAACAAUACGUGUAUAUAACGAAAGAUUAAUAUUUUUAGCAAUAAUCGUAGAGGUGGAUGAGUAUGUCUGUACGAAAUGUUUCAUGAUUUCCUUUUUUUAUAUGUAUGUUUUUUAAAAUAUUGACUUUUGUACCGUUUUUCCCAACGACAACUCAUUAGAGAAGGCAGAAACCGGGGGAAAAAUAUGGAGACGCUUUUUUACAAGAUUUACUUCGUCCCGGUGGUAGAUUUCAUUUUGUCUCACGAAUAUACGCAGACCAUUUUCGCUCGAUCGAAAAAACAAAUCAAUCAUUGAAAGAACCAGAAAUUUUUCUAAACACUUUUUCUACUUCAAGGUUCUUAAAACGCAAGAAGUAAAAUAUUAAAUGAAAUACGGUAAUAUAUUUUACAAAAUGAUUGUACUCAUAAGAUUAUUUUUGUACAAAUUUUAUCAAAGACAAUGAAAAGUCAAAAUAAGAGAAAGAGUGUUGUGUAUGCGUGUGUGUGCGCGCGCGUGCGUGAGAGAGUGAGAGAGUAGAAACAUUGUCAAAUUCUAUCAAAUAAAUCAAGAUUAUCGAAAGAUAUAUUUUUUUAUAUCUGGAACAAUUUUCUUAUCAUUUAUGCGCGACGUAACUUUACAAAUUAAUGCAGAUCUAACAGAAAACGAUCCAUACAACUAUCGUAGAAACAACAGUGAGAGUAUGAUAUUCAUGCUAAUCAUGCAUUUGUUUUAUGUCUACUGCUGUUACGUCAUUGUAAUUUUUCUAAUAAAUGAUUAUAUGAAAAAUUGAUUGUUCCUGAUCAUAUUGUGACGAAUCUCCUGAUACAAGGAUACGGAUUUAUUUAAAACAGGGAAUAAGUCUGAAACAAAGGGGGAUCAUCCCACCGAGAUUAGUAGUUGGUCUCAAUGAAAAAUUAAUUAAUUCUCCAUUCUCAUGACAUAUAUUUUCAAAAUUAUUCUCGUUAAAAAAUUCUAGAUUUCUUAAAAUCGAUAAAGUAAUUUUAUCAGAGGCGAUAUUUUACCUACAUUUAAAAAUAAAAUACCAUCUUUAAUAUUAAUAAUAUUAUUAAUUAAUAUAUAUAUAUAUUUUUUUUUUUCUUUUAAUAUUACACCUUAAGUCUGUAUGUACAGGUCAGUUUCUACUUUCCCGCUUAUUCAGGAAUUCGUUUGCUCUCUACACAAUUAUUAAUUUGUGUUAGCUAGUUACUUUCUGAACGGUUUUUAGUAAUACAGUUAAUAAUUUACAAGAUUGUACACACAUACAGUCAGGGCAAGCCCCGGUUUCACGUUACGACGCUCUAUCAUACGUUACAUAUACAUAUAAUAAUGUAGAAAUUUUAAUAAAUAAUCGAAAACUCCCGUUCUCGAGCUUGUUUUAAGAAGGAGAACAAAUAUAAAAUCGACUGCCGAUGUCGGCGACGAAUGAGAUCUCUAUCGACGUGAAUCGAAGCAUUCGAGCCGAUUAAACGUUCUUCUAAUGGAAAAUAGAACUAAUAAAUUAUUAUUCUGAAUAUUCCACCAGGUAAGCCAGAAUAAAUAUACUAUAGUAUAUUUACAACACAGAACUAGACAUUUUUCUCUUGGUAAUCUCAACUAUUUUGCAAUUGCUCAAGCCCCGGAAUAUAAUCAGCGUUUGUACAAGACCGAUAAAAUGAAAAACUCGUUCACUCUUCGAUCUUAUUUUUUCAGAAUUCUCCAUAGCGGACGUUCCCUUUUUUUUUUAAAAAAAAGGAAAGAUUAUGAUAAAUUCUACACGGAGUGAAAAAGUGCAAUCUAUUUUCCAUAAAUUGCAAGAUGUAUCUGCAGGCCACUUCGACCUCCACGUCAUCGAGGCAGUUCGAUCGAUCUUCGUAUUCGCUCGUAAUCAUCGACGAGCAUGUGGCUUAAGUAAAUUACAGGUAAUUAAAAAAUGACAUAAUAAUAAUAAUAAUAAUAAUAAUAAUAAUAAUAAUAAUAAUAAUUAAAAGAAAAAGAAAAA